CACCAGAGCGCCUUUCUUUGCCAUGGGACGAAGGAGCAAGAGUCGUGAAAUCUCCAAAGCGAGGUUAGGCCCGGAUUUCUCUGAGGAUGAAGCAACGCGCUACCGAAAGUACUUUCGAAAGCUGGGAGGGAAAGGCAGUGAGUCCAUUGAGCUUUCCAAAGUGAAGACAUUCCUGCAGCGCAGUGAAUUGAGCGAAGAAAUCUUGAAUGAGAUACUGAAGAUUGCGACAGAGUCGGACGCGGAGAAUGUGGACUUCGAAGCUUUUUGUGUUGCUUGUCGCCUGGUAGCCCAUGCGCAAGAACUUGGCGCAGUUCAAGCUCCACAAAUUGGUGAGAUCCCGUCAAAUGCACCGUGGUUCUCAGAGCUUGCAGAGCAGCCAGAGCAACAGCCAGAGCAACAGCCAGAGCAACACCAAAAGGUCGAAACUGCCGAGGAGUUUGACUUCGAAGCAGUAGCUCUGGGAGUAAAUGCAGCGUUCUCAGGUCGGCCCUCCGAAGCUCCAGACCUUGCUCCGGAUUUGGGACAAGGUGCUGGUGUGGGAAGAAAACCCAUUGAGACGAAAGGGAGAUCAGUAGAGCUGCCAAGGCCUUCCGGGAGUGCCAAGUUGCUUGAAAGCAGCCUGGCAGGGUCGCAAGGUCCAGCGCUGGCCGAGUGCCAGGCAGACCCAAGGACAUUGCGAUUUGAGCGAGAGCUGGUAAAGGGAAGAGCAGAACUGGAUAAUUUGGCCCUGAAGGCCAUCCAAGAGGAGCAGAUAUCCAGAUCGCGUGAACGGCUGGAGGCAUGCCGAGAGAGGCAUCACAUUUUGAGGCGCAGCAAGGGGAACAGAUUUGCUGUUUGUCUUAAAUGUCUAAACUAA